AUGUCAGUUGGAGGUGUAAUAACGAUAAUCGUUGUAGUUAGGUUUCUUCAUUUACCAAAACCACCCGGUUCGUUACUUGAUAAAAUUAAAAGAGUUGAUAUUAUUGGUACCAUUCUAAUAAUCUCAUCAACUGUUUGUAUCUUAUUACCGCUUAAUUGGGGUGGCAGUACUUAUCCUUGGAAUAGUCCCGUGAUUAUAAUACUUUUAUGUGUCGGCGCACUCGGUUACAUAAUAUUCGGUCUCGUUGAGCAUUAUAUCGUUACUGAACCCGUAGCUCCAUCUACACAAUCCGGAUUAGAGUUCAUGCCUUACCUUCUUGGUGUGGUAGUUUUCUUACUUCUGACCGGUCAACUAUUCUCUCGAACAGACAAAAUACAGUUUCGAUUAGUGACUUUAAUUGCUUCGGCAUUGACAAUAAUUGGUGCCGGAUUAACCAUUAUAUGGAGAGAAAAUACUGGAUAUGGUGAAUAUAUAGGAUACAUGUUAAUUGGCGGUAUUGGAAUGGGUGUAGGUCUUCAAGUUAUUAUAUUAUGCGUCCAAAGAUUGGUUGAGCCGAAGGAUAUAGCUUCGGUUACUACAUUAUCAUUUUUCUUUAGUAACAUUGGGGGUGUUUUUGGAAUCGCAAUGUCAGGAACAGCAUUUAAUAAUAGACUUUCUCAAGAAUUAAGUACUUUAACUUUACCUCCAUCUUUUUCAACACAAUCCGUAUACACUAUACAAUCAUUACCACCAGAUACACAGCCAUUGGUAAUUCACGCUUAUGUGUUAGCAUUUCAAUUCACUUUUGCACUUUUCACAAUAUAUAGUGCGUUAAUGUUUAUUUCAGCGUUGUUUAUGGGAAAUAGUAAACCAAUACAUAAGGAUGGAGAAAAAAUG